UGCUAUAUGACUAAAUGGAUGAAAAGUACUUUAUAAAAUCAUAGUAAUAGUAGUACCUGUAUUAGUAUUUGUUGCUAAUGUGAGGAGGGAUUGCUCAUGUGACUAAGAUUUACAGGUUGAACUCCAUCUGUAAUUUGAACAGAUUACAGGUGCCUAAACAAAUUAUACAUUUUUUUUGUCUUUAUAGCGCUAACAAAUAAACAGUUGAAGGUCCAGAAGUUAAAAUGAAUACUCUAGAUGCUGACAUGCUUUGUUGCUGGAAGUGUAGAAAAUAUAUAGCAAAUUCUGAUUGUCUCAUAAAAUAUCAUGGAAAUCAACUAUUUGAAAAAUCACAUUAUUCAGCUGUUUCUCAGUAUACUUGCAACGUAUGGCACAUGAACUUGGAAGCUCUUCCAGACUGGGUGAAAUGUGCAAUAGAAAAGGCAGAGUGGAUGAUUGGAAAAUUGAACUGUCCAUUCUGUGGAGCCAGUUUAGGAGGCUUUAACUUUGUCAGCAAUACAAAAUGUUCUUGUGGCCUGUUUGCAAAUAUACAUCUCUGCAAGAGUCGGAUUGAUUAUCAGCCAGCUUGUUCAGUUAAACUAGCGAGAUCUUCAGUAAAACACAUGUCAUUUUGCAAAGUUCAAUCUGGUUUUAACAACAAAAUACAACACCGAAUGACAGGUGGAAUUUUGGAACCCAGAAAUCAACGGGUUUCAUACAUGGCCGAAAAUAUGAAUGGUACUGGAAGAUUAACAGAAGCACUUUGCCUGGAGGCGAGAUCAGCCAGCUUUCAGAUGAAUAGUAAAAAAAUGCACUUCAAAAUGUAUAGUAAAACAAAAAGUCAUUCAGCUUCAUGGCCCAUGAAUGAUAAAUGCACUAUAAAAACUUGUCAUAGAAAAGCACAUAGUUUGGAUUUGAAUAUCAGAGAGAAAUUUGUCUUGUCUAGUUUAUAUGGAGUUAACAGUAAAGGGCCUAUUUAUCACAGGCAAAAUGAAAUACAACCUAUUUACACAAGAGGUAGCUUGCAAUUAGAGUCCAAUAGAAAUAAUUGCUUUCAGGGCCUGUAUAAUUCUGAUACUGAUGAGCUAACAGCAAAGUUUUCAGUUACUUCCUGCAAUACAUUAACACAUAGAGAGACAGAAGGUGACUGCAGUUUUGAAGCUUCUGAACAAUGUGCUGGGAGUGCCCCUGCUGACCAACCGCCUUUUGUGAUGGACCUCUUUUCAUCUGUGAGUAUUGUAGGAGAGGAUAUUGGACAGCAACACUUCACAUCUGUUGAUCUUCUGCAGCCUACUCAUUUUUCCAUGGCUGCUGUCAAUCAAAAUCUAAGCAAAAGAGAGAGAAACAAGUUGAAGAAUUUGAGGAAAAAACAAAGAAAGCAGGAAAGAUGGCUACAGCAAAAGAUGCUGAAUGAUAACCUGGAUACAGAUGAUGAGCAUGAACAAGGAGGAGAUAAAGAAAGCUAUCUCUGUGCAGUGUGUUUGGAUGUUUAUUUCAAUCCAUAUAUGUGCUAUCCAUGCCACCACAUCUUUUGUGAACCUUGCCUCAGGAUGCUUGCCAAAGACAGCCCAACCAAUACUCCAUGUCCACUGUGCCGUACUAUAAUUGCCAGAGUCUUUUUCCAAAAAGAACUGAACGACUCCACAAAAUCUUUCUUCCCAACAGAAUAUUUAAAAUUAAAAGAAAUCUUUCAAAAAUCAAGUUCUGCAAAAUGGCCCCUGCCCAGCUGCAAGAAACCAUUCAGAGUCUAUGAAGCAGGUUUCCCAAGGCAUACAGAUCCUGUAACAAGAAGGCACUUCCCACAUGCUGCUCACAGGAUGGAUUAUAUGGAUUUUGAGGAUGACAGUCGUGGAUGGUGGUUUGACAUGGACAUGGUGAUAAUCUACAUUUAUUCUGUCAACUGGGUAAUAGGGUUCAUUGUUUUCUGUUUUCUUUGUUAUUUGUUCUUUCCUUUCUAGGGGACGGCGCUGUUUUGAUAAAACUGGAGACUCGUGCACACAAAGGGAUUGUGAAUAGAAAUGGUUUCAAGUCAUUAAUGCAGAUUUUUCUUUCUAUGGUUGGAAGCUCUUAUCAUUCAGAAUUGCAUUAGGCUACACCAAACAUGUCAUGGGGCUAAAGACCAUGCUUUGGAUAUAGGCAUCAAAGGACUUGAGCUUUGCUGAAAACAUAAGGUGAAAUUCUGGCCACAUUGAAAUCAGUGGGAGUUUUACCAUUGAUUUCAGUGGGACCAGCAUAAUGUGUAAAAUUGUCCAUAUGUGGAAAUGAAGCAUCAAGAUUUGUUUGGAGGAGUUUCUGCUCUGAGGGCUGUAGCAUGGUCUGGUAGACCUGCAUUCAGUUUUGGGGCUCUAUACUGAUAUAUUGUGCAACCUUAAGCAAGUCACAUCAUCCACUAGUGCCUCAAUUUUCUCAUGUGUUAAAAGGCGGCGAUGGAGAGGAAACCCUCCUCUCAAAGUGUGAGUCUCAAAGUUAAUGAUUAGCACUUUUCAUGUGUAAGGAUCCCAUAGCUCUUUAAGGUGUAUACGUAGAGACUGGUCACUCAGUAUUGAAAUGUUCCUACCUUUGAGGUGGAAUACAACAAUCAUUUAAUGCUACCCAUGCUACAAAACACUUUUUAAAGUAAAAGCAAUGACAGAGCUCCCACUGAUGCUACUGAAGGGACUUCAGAUUCCAUGAGUGGUGGAUCAAGUUAGGGCUGGGGGAAGCAAGCUCCCUCCCCCAAUCUCACUUCCAACCCCACCCCUUCUGUCCAGGUCCCUUCCCCCAGCACCACAGGGAGGUGAGGCAGUGUGCAGCCUCAGCCCUCCCUUAGCACCAUGAGGAGGGAGGAUUGUGUGUGAUCCCAGCCUCCCCAGGAGGGAGGAAGGCUCGCAGCCCUGGAACAUGGGGAAGGGAGGAGAGUGCAAAGCCCCAGCCUCCCCAGGCCCGGAGCACUGGGGAAGGAGGGCAGUGCACGGCCCUACGCCUCCCAACCCAGAGUACAGAGAGAGCUAGGGUUGCCAGGUGUCCGGUAUUGACUCUGACAGUCCAAUAUUUUUGCCUCCUGUCUGGUAAAAAAAAAAUUCAGAAAAUACCGGACACCUAAAAUGUCCGGUAUUUUCUGAUUUUUUUCCCCGGCCAGGAGGCAAAAAUACCAGACACCUGGCAACCGUACAAACACUCAGCGCCCAGCAUCCCCCUCCGGCCCCUAACACUCCCUGCUCCCAGCCCCCAUGGUUACUUGGUUCCGCAGGGAAGCUAAAUUCUAAGAAUACAAAAUGGUUGCUGGCAAAAAGACCAAGGGAAAUCACCCCCCAUGGGUCUUAGUGCUCAACCCCCCUGUUCCUAUUCCUAUUCUGACUGCACUCACUGUGAAAGGGGCCAUGCUGUUGUUGUUUUGUUGUUGUUGUUGUUUUGUUUUUGCUUAAUAAGUCUUGGAGUCCUUUUUUUUGCUCAGCAACUUUGGUCUUCCCCCCCUUUUUUUCUUCAACAGAAUUUUUCCCCGGUGGGUUU